UUGAAAUAUGAUAACCAAAGUUUCUUAGGUGAACUAACAUACACUUAGUUUCAUGGCUAAAUAUUCUGACCCUCAUAUAUGCCAAUGUCUGAGUCGGUUGUUAACCUUCCGGCGACACUUUCCGGUCACAGUCGCCGGAAACCGCCGCAAGACCGGCCAACAGUUGGUGGAGGAAGUUUUGUCCUUGGCCAAAGGCCUACUCCACCUUGGACUCACACCUGGUCACGUGGUUGCCAUCUCUGCUUACAAUAGUGAUAGGUAUCUGGAGUGGUUGUUAGCCAUUGCAUUUGUUGGAGGAAUAGCUGCCCCUCUGAACUAUCGCUGGAGUUUUGAAGAGGCAAGAUUAGCAAUGACUGCUGUGAGGCCAGUGAUGUUAGUGACUGAUGAGAGCAGUUACGCAUGGUAUUCAAAACUCCACCAAAAUGAUAUUCCAUCUCUGAAGUGGCAUAUUUUGUUAGAUUCCCCUUCCUCAGAUUUCACAAAGUGGAAUGUGAUAACUCCAGAAAUGCUUAAGAGGCAUCCUGGAAAUCUUCUACCAUCUGAUUACUCCUUGGCACCUGAAGGCGCUGUCAUAAUAUGCUUUACUUCAGGAACUACGGGAAAGCCUAAGGGAGUCACCCUAAGCCAUGGAGCUUUGAUCAUACAAUCCCUAGCCAAGAUUGCCAUAGUUGGCUACAAUGAGGAUGAUGUCUAUCUGCAUACUGCUCCAUUAUGCCAUAUUGGUGGCUUGUCAUCAGCCUUGACCAUGCUUAUGGUUGGAGGUUGCCAUGUCUUGAUGCCAAAGUUUGAUGCAGAAUCGGCUGUUGAUGCCAUAGAGCAAUACACAGUGACAUCUUUUAUCACAGUUCCUGCAAUAAUGGCCAGUCUGAUUUCUAUAAUUAGGCAAAAAGAGACCUGGAAAGGGGGAGAAACUGUCGAGAAAAUACUUAAUGGGGGUGGAAGCCUCUCACAUGAGCUCAUCAAGGAUACUAGCUUAUUCUUCCACAAAGCUAAACUUAUUUCAGCUUAUGGGAUGACAGAGACAUGCUCUUCAUUGACAUUUCUGUCACUCUACGACCCGAUGAAUGAAAAUACAAACCAGUCCCUUCAGACAUUUGGUGUGGCAGGAUCUAAGAUUACUUUCCAGCCACAAGGUGUUUGUGUUGGCAAGGCUGCACCCCAUAUAGAACUGAAGAUAAGUGCAGAUACUUCCGGUCACACUGGGAGAAUUCUAACUAGAGGACCACAUAUAAUGCUCAGGUAUUGGGAUCAAACUCUCACAAAUCCAUUAAAUCCAAAUAACGAAGCCUGGCUAGACACAGGUGACAUUGGAUCAAUUGAUCAUUAUGGUAAUUUGUGGCUCCUUGGCCGAACAAAUGGUCGAAUCAAGAGUGGUGGGGAGAACAUUUACCCUGAAGAGGUUGAGGCAAUUCUACUAGAACAUCCAGGGAUUGCUAGUGUUGUUAUUGUGGGAAUCCCAGAUGCAGGCCUGACAGAGAUGGUAGCAGCAUGUAUCCAACUAAGAGAAAAUUGGAAAUGGUCAGAGCAGUCUUCUUCAGAUAAAGAGUUUCACCUAUCUAGAAAGAAUCUCCAGCAAUAUUGCAUAGAAAAUCAUUUAAGCAGGUUUAAGAUACCAAAAAUGUUUAUUGUAUCGAGGAAGCCAUUUCCAGUCACAACCACAGGGAAAAUAAGGAGAGACCAAGUCAGAAAGGAAAUUAUAUCUCAGCUGCAAUCUUUGCAUAGUAAUCUUUGAAUAUACCAUAGCUCUAGUGCCCCUUAAACCACAGCAUGCUUCAACAUACUUUAAUGCCAAAAUAGAGAGGAAUGGCUUGAAUCCACCAAUAUUGCAAUGAUUCCUCAGAUACACGACCUCAUGUCAGAAUGUUUAUCAGUUUACUGAGUAGGCGCAUUAAUUAACUGCAAUUUUGUAUCUCUAAGAAUUUUGUAACGGCACAUUCUUUCUCCCCUUCCUUGGUUCUUGUCCUUUCUUGAAAAUGUUGUCUUGUUCGUGUACUAAACAUGUGUUUGAUUCCAUUUAAUUUUAAGGAAAUAAAUUCUCAUUGAUUA